CAAGAGAAAAGUAAUGAAUAUAAUGGUGAGUAUAAAGAAAAUAGUGAAAGUGAAAAAGAUUUUAGUGAUAUAAAUGUUAAAGAUAUUAAGCAUUUAGCAGAAAAUAUUGAUGCUAAAUGGAAAUUAGAAUUUAUGUUUGAAGAUAAUUUGU